AUGUCCAAGUCAAAGAAUCACACCAACCACAAUCAGAACAAGAAGGCUCACCGUAACGGUAUUAGGAAGCCCAAGGCUAACAAGCACACUUCUCUCCGUGGUGUUGAUGCCAAGUUUCGUCGUAACCAGCGGUACGCAAAGAUGGGCUCUUUCACUGCCUGCACUGCUGCCAAGUCGUCCCAAUAG